AUGUCUAGCUACAAGCCCAGUAUUCGCAAGGCGUGCGAUGAAAUCGUCAAAACCUCAGGCACGGAGAUCGCUCAUAUCUUGGUCGACAAGAACAAUGAAGUCGAUACCGACAUUAUGAAUUACCUCACGCGUGUUGUUUGCAUGGGACUGAAUCGUCUCUGUACCAUUCGCUAUCUCAAUCUGGACGCUCGUUCCGUCAAUUCUCGCUGCGAAAACUGUGUCAACAUCGCUCGUCUCUUCGAAUUCCAAACGCGUCGUGCCUCGCGCAAGUACAUCGCUCGCGGCAUGUUCUUCGACUCGAUGCUGGAAUCCACCUGCGAGCGCAUUCCUUUUUAUUAUUCGCGUUUUUGUUCGUUGAAUGCAAUUCACAGCUAG